CCUCACCAUGUGAAAGCUACACACACGCUCCCACCUACCCACAACCACCAUGGAAAUCACAAACCCGCGCCGCAUCCUCUGCAUCGGCGCCCCCGACUCGGGCGUCCUCACCCUGCUCAAAGAGCUGACGGGCUCGGCACCAACGCCCAACAACGACAGCACAGCCGGGCUCUCGCACACCUGGUCCCUCAAAACAGCCUACUACAGCGCGACGCUCCCAAUCUGGAUCGACGAGAUGCAGUCGCCGACCGAAUGGGGCUUGCAAUUCGCGUCCGAAGAGGCGCACGAAGUGGUGCGGGCGCUGGGAGCCUGGGUAUUCUGUUUCCGGAAGCCAGCACGCGCGGCCGAGCUCGCGGCCAUCAAAGCGAGCCUGGCGGCGAUCGAGGGCGCCAUCGCGGCCGCGUACGGCUCCAGCAGCGCCUGGGACGGCGUGUGCGUCGCCGUUGCGACGGCGCAGGGCAUGAGCGCGAGCGCGGACGCGGUGCUUGCGCCUGAGGAGUGGGAGGACGUGUGCCGGGAGCGGGGGUUCGAGUUUGUGGAUGCGGAGGCGCGGGGGAAGAAUGAGUUUGGGGAGGUGGUGGGGCUGGCGAGGGUCAGGGAGGCGUUGGAGGCGAAUGAUUGGGAGGGUGAGACGGAGCUGGAUGCUGAGUUUGAGGGCUUGGAUGAUUUUGGCGAUGAUGAGGGUGAGGGCGAUUGGUUGGGCAGUUUUGCGGCCGAGGAGGCUGAGAUGAAUAUGGAGCUUAUGGGCAUGAAGACGGCGGUUAAUGGUGGGGAGGAGGCGCAGAGUGCGGAUGAGGACGAUGGCGGCGCGGACGAUGUCGAGGAAUUGCAGCGUAUGAUGGGCAAGAUGCUUGCGAUUAAAGAACAAGCUGCUGGCUUGCCAGAGGAGCAGCGAAAGAAGUUUGCUGCCAAAGCUGUCAACGACCUAAUGAAAUCCAACUGACCACCAUUUCGUCCAUAGUCGAUAAUCGUUAAUAUUCUUCGAUACCACCAAAACAUGGAGAACAUGUCAACCCAAGACCUGGUGUAUAUCAGGUGAAGCAGUACACGCGAGUUAAAAGAUCAUGAAAGCACCGCAAGCGCUGGUUCCUGAAUAGUCGAAACAUCCUCGCAUACACAGAGCAUGUAUAAGGUCUGAGAGGAGAUGUUGUUAUUCAUAUCCCCACGGUAAGCGGUGCUCCAUAAAAGCAAAAGCAUGUCAAGUCGCUUCGAAUUUAAAUAUCAUCUCUCAUAUAGAAACAAUGUAGGU